GAUGAGGCGCCGAAAUGAACUGGUUGCUGCUUAUUGAAACUUACUGGGAGCAGAUGCGAAAAGAUGCUUCACCCUCAUCUAACCUCUCGUGGAUCGGUUCACUUCUCUUUAAAUCUUCCAGGAAUGCAUGAUACACAACCUGAAAAUACUGCAUCAAACAUUUACAGAUUCACAACGAAAAUAACCGAACAUUCAUUUGCCAUAUGUGUUUAAUUGAAUUCGUUAUAAAAACGUUGACUUCGAUAAGAAGACAACAGAGGAAUCUAGCAACUGCUUGUUGAUGGCACUACGCGCCGGGAGGACUUGGUUUGGGCAGGUUUUGCGCAGAGUUUCUAGGCUGCAGGGCUCGUGGUCCCGGAGAUCGAGCAGUCUCCUGUGUCUUUCUGCGAACCCGGAGCAGGAUCUGGGGACCUGUUACAGGGAUCACACUCUUAGCAAUCUCCACUACUGCUCCUCCGUCCAGCGCACCCACCGUCACCAACACGCGCCAGUCUGUCCCUCCUCUUCCAGCCGCUGCCAACGCUUUCCCGAUUGCUGCGCAGCCUUCCCGGGGGAUACGAGGGGACAUGAGCCCCUCACUCGCCGGAUCCUGGUGGUCAUGAAGCGGCAGAACGUGCGGACCUUGUCCCUGAUCAUCUGCACGUUCACGUACCUGCUGGUCGGGGCCGCGGUGUUCGAUGCCCUGGAGUCAGAUUUCGAGAUGCGGGAGAAAGAACAGCUGGAGGCAGAGGAGAAGCGUCUCCAAGGGAAAUAUAACAUUAGCGAGGACGACUACCGCAAACUGGAGACCAUCAUUAUGGAGGCCGAGCCCCACAGGGCUGGGGUUCAGUGGAAAUUUGCUGGAUCUUUUUACUUUGCCAUCACAGUCAUCACCACCAUAGGUUAUGGCCAUGCAGCUCCCGGCACAGACGCGGGGAAGGCCUUCUGCAUGUUCUAUGCCGUCCUGGGGAUACCCCUGACCCUGGUCAUGUUCCAGAGCCUGGGCGAGAGGAUGAACACCUUCGUCAAGUCCCUCCUGAAGCGCAUCAAGAAGUGCUGUGGCAUGCGCAUCACCGACGUUUCCAUGGAGAACAUGGUGACGGUGGGGUUCUUCUCCUGCAUCGGGACGCUGUGCAUCGGGGCGGCCGCCUUCUCCCACUACGAGGACUGGAGCUUUUUCCAGAGCUACUACUACUGCUUCAUCACACUGACUACCAUCGGCUUCGGGGACUUUGUGGCUCUGCAGAAGAACCGGGCCCUGCAGCGGAGGCCCCUGUACGUGGCCUUCAGCUUCAUGUACAUCCUGGUGGGCCUGACUGUCAUAGGAGCCUUCCUCAACCUGGUGGUGCUGAGGUUCCUGACCAUGAACAGUGAAGACGAGAGGCGGGAUGCCGAGGAGAGGGCCUCGCUGGCGGGGAACAGAAACAGCAUGAUCAUCCAUAUCCAGGAGGAGACACUGGGGAGAGGAGGAGGUGCCAGGAGGAGGCGCAGGGAAACGCAGGGCCAGUACUGCGCCGAGGUCACCGACCUGCCUUCUGUAUGCUCCUGCAUGAACUACCACUCACAUGAGUUUGGUAGCUGUGGGGGAGGGAUGGGAGGAGGGAUAGGGGGCGGAGGGAUGGGCUGUGCCUUCUCCCACCAGAACUCCUUUAGUUCCCAGUUGAACCCCCACCAGUACUUUCACUCGGUGUCGUACCGCAUCGAGGAGAUCUCUCCCAGCACCCUAAAGAACAGCUUCUUCCCCUCGCCCAUCAGCUCAGUCUCCCCAGGCCUCCACAGCUUCACAGACAAUCACCGACUCAUGAAGAGAAGGAAAUCUAUCUGAGCCUACAUGUUGCAUUUCAAUGUUUUAGCCUAAAUGCUAAAACGUUGAAUUGGAACAGAUCAUCAGACUGGGUUGGCCUGUCUACACAGACAACUCCUAGCUUUCCUUUUUUUAUAUACAAGUACAAUGCAUCUCCAAUGCUGCUCCAAACCAAAUCUCAUUUUAGCACUUUUGUUUUGUUUCUUUUGGUUGGUCUAAGGAUAUAAUAUAUUGAAGCGAUUCACAGGGAUUGAUUGAAGAGGAAGGAGCGUUGGAAAGAAAUGGCAAACUUGUUGGACAUGAAUUAUUACAUUCAUUUCUUGUGAGAGAUUCAAAGCAUGAAGCAUGGAUACUUAUUGUCCCAGGCAAUUGUCCCAUCAGAGAAAUACUAACCAGAACCAACAGAUCUUGUUAUACAUUUUCUUAUUGCCGGCUCACAAAGAUAAUAUAGCACCUUGGUAACAAUGUACCAAAUGAUGCACACUUAGCAUUAUAAGGGGGAUAUGUAUUUUUAUUAUGUGAGCAUGCCUGUUUCACCUUAACUUAAAAUGAUUGCAGUUAAGUGCUUUUCCUCCAUUGCAUCAUUGCAGACAGAGAUGAUACAAUUUGAAAUGACAUCAGGUAUUAUUUUCUAUAAGCAAUUCUAGGGAAACAAAUGUAAAUGAUUUGUUCACAGAACAUCAUGCCAACAUAUUGUUGCCAAUCUUAGCAUGUGCAUUAGAUGUCAUCAAAUGAGUGUGCCAUAAUUAUUUUAUUUCUUUUGUUAAUUUUUUUAAACAGCAGAUUUGUAUUAUUAUGGUUUGUGUCUAUAGAUGUUUUCUUUCUGGAUUUCAGAUUUUUUAAAAAUAUAUAAUUCAAGAAAAUGUCAGUGUAAAAUAUGAGGAUGUGAAAAGGAAUAAGCACGGAUUUGAAGGCUUUCCAGUUUGAAAAAGUUGCUAUGUGCAUGUACUUUGUGAAACUGGUAUGCAUAUAGAUGAAUGGGGAAAAAUAAUAGCCUUGCAAUUGAAAUUCAUUUUGAUAGGAAAUAAUCCUAAUAAUUAUUUAAAAGAUACUUUAUUUAUUUAGCCACUUAAAAGUAAUGAUGUAUAGUGUAGGCUGAACAGUUUAUUCGCUUUUCCAUCAUUUUUUCAUUCAGAAAAAUUGUACAAUAACCUUUGGUCUCAGGUUUUGAAUGGAUAGCCUCUUCAGGUUCUGCUCCCCGAAUCAAAUAACAGAAUAAAUCCCAUAAAUGCGAAUGCACCUGCCAAACAAAACAAUACAUAUUAAUUAAUUUAAAAAAAAUAGUACUCAUUUUCCAGGAAAAGGAUAUUGAGAUGCAUCAUCUUACUAAGGGAAACUUCCUGUACUAUAGAGUAGCGUGGGUUCAGUGUGCACGCACGCACACACACACACACACACACACACACACACACACACA